AUGUCAAAUUUUUCAUAUAGAUAUGUGCCAAGCUUAUCUAACCCUGCUGACAUAGCAACAAAAGGAUAUAUGUCUCCAGUUGAACUUGCAAAUUUCGAUCAGUGGUGGAACGGACCUCAAUGGUUAAAAUAUGAAGAAUCAGCAUGGCCUCAAUGGGAAAAUAAUAUUUAUUACGAACACGAAGAAUAUGAAACGGAAAUCUGUUCGACAAUAGUCACAACUAAGACCAUCACAAUCAGAAGGUUUCAGUUAAUUGAUGCAACUCGUAUUAGUAAAUGGACGAGACUACGAAGAACAGCAGCUUGGGCAUUAAGAUUUUUAAGAUAUAUAUCGAAGGGAAGAUUCAAAUGGUUGAAAGAAGUACCAAAAGAAACAGAAUUAACAUCAUACGAACUAGCCGCAGCAACCAAAGCCUUAAUUAUACAAGCUCAAUCGGAAGGUAUCAAUGAUGAGGAAAUAAACAAAUGGAACCUUUAUUAUUGCGACAAACAUUACAUAUGGAAAUGCCGAAGCCGACUGGAUAACACUAGUAUAGGAAUAUAUCCAGACAGUUUAAAUCUAUCUUCCAAGGCAUAUUCAAUAACUAAGCUUCUUAUACAACACCAACAUGAAGAUCUAUGCCAUGCAGGAAUUGCUCAUACAUUAUCAGAAUUGAGAAGAAACUUCUGGACACCUAAAGGCAGAACUGAAGUAAAAAGCGUACUGAAUAAGUGCAUGGCUUGUAAAAGAUGGAGAGCAAAACCAUUCAAACUACCGGUAAUGCCGAAUGUACCAGAAACUCGAAUCAAACGUACUCGGACGUUUGAACAUGUUGGACU